GGUCACGUGUCGGGUGAACGCGGAAGUCAGCGCCGAUGUUUUCACAGCUUCGUUGAUAGCAAAGAAACGGGCCUUGUGUUUCCCAAACUAAGCUGUUUAAAUUGUCAACAUACUUGAGUCCUCUACAUGGUCAGGAUGAGUGAAAAGCGCUCCCUGGAGGGCCAGGUGUACUCUGUACCACUUAUCCAGCCAGACGUGAGAAGAGAGGAAGCCAUACUGCAGAUAGCAGAUGCAUUAGUAUACCUGGAGACCAUAUCCACAGACAUUUUUCAAAGAGUGUCUGAAAGUGUAGAGAAGAACAGGCAGCAGCUGCAGAGCGUCACGGACCGCAUCGGACUGGCCCAGGCCCGAGUUGACAAGAUCAAAGGCAGUAAGAAGGCCACCAAGGUGUUCUCCAGUGCCAAAUACCCCGCUCCAGAUCGACUGGCCGAUUACUCCUCCAUCUUCAGUGGAGCGACAGACCCCUCCUCACAGCCUUGCCCACGACACCGGAUACAAUCCAAGAUCAGACCGUUUGAUGAGAAAGCCCUCCAAGAGAGGCUCAUGUAUUUCCCUGUGUGUGUGAACAAUAAGAAGAGGUCUGAGGAUGAGACAGAGGAAGGCCUGGGCAGUCUGCCACGCAACAUCUCUUCUGUCAGCUCGCUCCUGCUCUUCAACACCACCGAGAACUUAUAUAAGAAGUACGUUCUGCUGGACCCUCUAGCUGGAGCGGUGACAAAGACACACACAGCUCUGGAGACGGAGAAAGAGGAGAAGCCAUUUGACGCUCCUCUGUCCAUCACCAAACGAGAGCAGCUCGAGCGGCAGGCUGCAGAGAGCUACUUCUAUGUGCCAAACCUGGGCCAGGUGCCAGAGCUGGUGGUGCCUAUGUACCUGCCCGACCUGCCUGGCAUUGCAGAUGACUUGUCCUACAGCGCAGACCUGGGCCCUGGCUUCGCUCCAUCUGGAAACACCCACAACAUCCCAGAGCUGCCCUCCUUCUCUGUGGACUCCGACCUUCCUGAUUUUUCGCUGCAGCCGAGCGUCCCUCCCCCUCCUCCCCCUCCUCCUCCUGAGCCUGCCUCCACUCCUGUUGUUCCUGUUGGGGCCCCGCCCCCUCCUCCCCCUCCCCCACCACCUCCACCUGCAGACACACCCACAGAAACCUCACGCUCGCCCCCCUCAGGCCCAGUAUCCGGUGCUCCAUCUGAGGUGGUGCAGCCUUCUGAUGGCCGGGCCAGUCUGCUAGAGUCCAUAAGGAAUGCUGGGGGCAUUGGGAAGGCCAAACUCCGGAAUGUGAAGGAGAGGAAGAUGGAGAAGAAGAAGCAGAAGGAGCAGGAACAAGCAGUCGGGUCGGCCAUCACCGGUGGAGACUUCAUGUCAGAUCUCUUCAACAAGCUCGCCAUGCGCAGGAAAGGCAUCUCUGGAAAAGGCCCGGCUGGAGGAGAGGGAGGUGAUGCCCCCGGUGGUAGCGGAGGUGCUUUUGCCCGAAUGUCUGACGUGAUCCCCCCACCCCCAGCCCCUCACACCACAACAGGUGACGAUGAAGACUGGGAGGCAUAGCACAACUGUAGAACUAUGGACUGUCAAUAACAUGGACACUUUGCAUACAGGAUAUUAACCAUUUUUAUUUUGUUCACAGAACCGUAAUUAUAUAAAUUAGAUCUGUGUAAAAAAAGAAAUACUGUAUGCAUUCAAAAUAUAUAUAACAAUAUAAUUUAUUAACAUUUAAAACAUGCAAAAAUAACAAUUUAACCUUUUUAUUUCAUAAAAAUUAAAAGUCCUAAAUUACACAAAAUUGGAAAGUUUUGCUUUUCUUUGUCUAUUUUUUAUGUUUUGUACAGUUUGGAUUGUCAAUACAAAGGCUGUAAUAUCUGCUUGUGCACCGAGGAGUGAAGCAGAUUCAAUGCGGCUAAAAUAGCUGUAACUUCAAAGUUGGGCAAAUCCAGGUCUGAAAUUAUCAAAAUGAUUCUAGUGAAGGUCUAUGGAGUGUAAAACAUUUAAAAAGUAUUUCCUGUAUUACUACAUGACAUCACAAGGUGAACAGAGUAUAUUUAGUCUGAGAAGAACACAGCCUAAAGAUGCGAGACAUGUGUGGUGAAUGAAACAAAACACAGGUAUAGGUAACUCCAGGUGUGUCUGUGAUGAGCAUUACAAUAUAGAUCAAAAAUUGUGCAAUAUAGGCCCUUUAAAGAUGCUAAGCUUACAUUGAGAUCUCGACUGUCCACAUGACUUGAAUGUAAUGUAUAUAAAAUAAUUUUCCUUGCCUGACACUGCUUGAACAAUAAACAUUUAUAUUUGUGUG